GGCCAGUCCUCGCGUGUCUCGGGCGCUCUCUCUGCGCUCCUUCUUUCCUGUACAUUCGCUGCGCUGACGAGAAUGCUUCAAUGCAGCUCUCGCGCCUCUUCUUCCUGCUCGCGCUGGUCCUGGCCCCGAUAGCCCUGCUUGGCACAACAUGGCUCUAUCUCUACCCGCUCUUCGACGCCGGCUGCGCGUUCCCGUCCCCGCCUGGGUCCACUGUCCCCGCGCCGUUCCGCUUGCUCGCCCUCGGUGAUCCGCAGCUCGAGGGGAAUACGGCGCUGCGCAAGGCGCGCGCCAAGGUGUUCCGCUCGUUUGACAAUAUCGUGGAUCAUGUGCGCGAUGCGGAGACUAUACUCGAGAAGUGGGAGCUCGUGCGGGACGCGGUGAAGGACAUACCGAAGGAUAUACUCAGGGCGCUGGAGGGGUAUGUCCGGAAGCCGAUUGAUAUCUGGGGCAACGACCGGUAUCUUGCGCAUAUUGUGCGCACGUUGAGGAGGUGGACAGCGCCGAGCCAUGUGGCUGUUCUUGGGGAUUUGCUGGGGAGCCAGUGGAUUAAUGAUGAGGAGUUCGCGAGGAGGAGUCGGAGGUAUUGGGAUGUGGUGUUUAGCGGGUUGGAGAGGGUGCCCGAGCGGAUUAUGACGGGGUAUGAGGAAGAAGAGCUAGAUGAGAAAGAAGUUGUGGGAGAGGAGCAAGAGGGCGAGGAGAGACAAGAAAGAGAGAAGAGAUGGGGCGGCACCGUCGAGGUACUGGGGCAAGAUGCGUCCUGGGCGAACAGAGCCAUCAACAUCGCCGGGAACCACGACAUCGGCUACGCGGGCGACAUCGAUAUCAACCGCAUCGAGCGUUUCGAGCGCACAUACGGCAAAGUCAACUGGGACAUCGUCUUCACCCUGCCCAAUACCACACUCCCGGAUGCCGACGCCCCAGCCCUCCGCCUCGUCAUCCUCAACACCAUGAACCUCGACACCCCCGCCUUCGACACUGACCUCCAGCGCGAGACCUACGACUUCAUAAACCACGUCGUCACCACGGCUCGCUCUGUUAACGACAAGACCCACGCAACCGUCCUGCUCACACAUAUCCCGCUGCACAAAGAACCUGGUAUCUGCGUCGACAGCCCGUUUUUCGACUUCUUUGACGGUGGCAGCGGCGUCAAGGAGCAGAACAUGCUCUCGGAGCAUGCGUCGAAGAUCAUACUGGAGAGCACGUUCGGCCUGAGCAGUAAUCAGUAUGCAGAUGGGCAGGGUUUUGGGCGAAGGGGUAUUAUUGUCAACGGACAUGAUCACGCGGGGUGCGAUGUACUGCAUUAUACUACCCAGCCAGGUGUGGACAGUGGAUGUCCAGAAGAUGUCAAGGAGCGCGGGGAACACCUUACAUCCGCGAUUUCAAACACCAGCACCUUGCAGUCCCCCGAGGAGGCUGUCCUCGAAGACAGCAUCACGUUCAACGACACCCUCGCCCACGACAACGUCGAUCUCCCACCGCAGGACCACGACUCCCCCUCCGACUCUGAACCCGAGCCCGAUGCCACACUCCCAGAAGACGAACAGCGUACAUGGCACGCCCAACGCUUCCCUACACCUCGCCACGUACACCAUCAAGACGGCACCUGCACCUCCCUCACGGCCGUCCCAUCCCUCCGCGAAGUCACCCUGCGCAGCAUGAUGGGCGAGUUCUCGGGCUACGCGGGUUUUCUGUCUGCGUGGUUCGAUACCAGUGCUGGUGAAAAGGGAGAGUGGAUUAUUGAGGUGAAUACGUGUGGAGUGGGCGUGCAGCAUUGGUGGUGGGCGGUGCAUAUCGUCGACGUUAUUUUAGUGGUCGCGGUUGUGCUAGGGUGCGUGUUGGCGGUUGGUCAGAAGAAAAUGGGUGGAGAGAAGGUGAAGACGGGAGGGGUCGGGGCUGGAGAGGUCAGAGGGUCGAAGAAGAGCGAUGAGAAAGUGGGGCGAGGUAUAUCAGGGACUGCUGUUGGUCAUGGGAAAGGAGAGGAUGGCAAGAUACCAUGAGAUAUAGUACAUGAGAGAAUAUACCAUGGCGCUUUAUCAACAAAACUGCGGUGAGUACACCCGGGCUCUACGAUCGUACAAGUCCGGCAUGAG